AUGAAAGCACUCGCUGGAACCCAAAUCGUCCUAGUAUACUAUGGAGGAGGACUGAGCACUGAGCUUGUGCUAUCAACAACUGACUCCCAGCUUCUUAAAAUCUUUCUCGAACAGCAACCAUUUGAAUAUGUUGACCCCAACGCUCCUCCUGAGUCUCCCAAUGAUGCACUUCUUCUAGGACUGAAAAGCCAGCUGACUGCACGAGGAUUGGUGGCGUUGGUAUCGCGUGGAGGUGAUUUCCCCAUCGACGAAGCGAUAGCAAAACAGCUAUCUUCACAAGAGCCGAACUUCGGGUCUUCACUGAACAAGAUGCAUCCAAUUUCACAACUUUGGCCAUGCUAG